GGUCUGGUCCUAUUAAAAGGGCCCAUCGCUCCUCUCUCCAGAGGAGUCUUCAGGCUGCUGGUUCUGCAACCCCCAGGGCUGACCUCCUGUCUGCAGUCAUGACUGUUGGUCUGGUGGUCCAAAACCUGAACCUCAAACCUGGGGGAUGCAUUCGAGUGCAGGGUGAGGUGGCCGCCGACCCCAAAAGCUUCACCGUGAACCUGGGCAAAGAUGAGAACAACCUGAACCUGCACUUCAAUCCUCGCUUCAAAUUUUACGGGGACGUCAAACAGCUGAUAUUCAACAGCAGGAAGGCAGGGGCGUGGGAGACGGAGCUUCGGGACACUGUCUUCCCUUUGGAGCCUGGAAGCACCAUCGAGGUGAGCGUCUUCUUCGACAAGGCAGAGCUGACCACCAAGCUGCCCGAUGGACACACAUUCAAGUUCCCCAACCGCCACAACGUGGACAUCAUCAAUUACUUGGAAAUACAUGGUGACCUGAAGCUCAAGCGUCUGACGUUUGAAUGAAGCCCGCCAACAACCUGUAACUCCCAAUAAAGGCAGCUGCCUCUGAACCAGC